CACACAAACAUGUGCGAUACCGAACACCUAAUUACUUCGAUCGAAAAAUAUCCGUGUUUGUGGAAUGUUAGCCACGAAUCUUAUCAUGAUCGCGACUUAAAAGAUCAUGCCUGGGAACAAGUGUGCUUGGAAGUAAUUAAGGAUUGGGACAGUACAAGUGACGAGGACAAAAAGAAGAAACGUGUCGAGUUAAAAAAGAAAUGGAACAACGUACGUGAUUGCUACCGGAGAGAUAUCAAUAAAGUGAAACAAACUCCAACAGGAUCGGGUGCUACAAAAGUGAAGAAAUAUGUUUACACCGAUCUUCUAACAUUUCUAGCUCCCGUUAUGCAGAGUCGAUGUCACGAGGGGAAUUACGACGACGCAGGCUAAGGAACUUCAAAAACUGGAACUAGAGAAGAAGAAGAUAGUCAAAACUCAAUUGUGGAAGACUACAUCACGGAAGAAAAACCUACUAAUGCGAAAAAGAAAAAGGUUGCUGAAAAAGAUGUGCCAACGCAAAUACAAUCUAUAAUGAAACAGAGAAAAGAACAACCCAUACAUGAUGACGACGAUACAAAGUUUUUGUUAAGUUUCCGAAGUGACAUGGAAGCAAUGAACAGAACUCAGAAAUUGGAUUUCAAAAUUGGCAUGUUAUAGCUACUAAAACAAAUUAGCGAACCGCCACGAAAUGUUCAUUCCUCGCUUUCGUCGCAUACCUUCAGUUCACAAAGCCCUCAGAUGAUAUGCUCUCCAAGUCCUCCGAGUUCUCUACACAUGAAUCGAUAUAAUAUUGGUCGUAACACAGAAUGUGCCACAUAUACAGUACUGAUUCCACCGAAUCCAGAACAUAGUACCGUUGGGUCUGCAUCUUUGCAUCAACCACGAUCACAACAGCAACCACCACCACGAUCAUCACAAAAUAGUAUGUUAGAGUGUGCUGAUAAUGAUCUUAUACAUGAAUAUUUGAAUUUUCGAAAAUAGUAUGAUAAUAGUAUGAUAAUAAAAAUCUUACCUGAGAGUAACAGCUAAUCGUUGUUCUGUAGAAAUUGCAAGUCUCAAAUGUGUGUCCUUUUUCGUUAUGUCUUCCCGAAUCAAAUUGAGAAGUUCAUUGAAUGAAUUAAUUGACAUUCGAUAAUAAUCGAAAAAUUUUUCCGGAUGAGCACGUAACUUAUUAUGCAAAAUGUAAAACUGGCUUUGUUGAAGUCUUUUCGUAUUUAACGGAUGUAUCCAGUAGCGACGUUUUCUUUUUUUUCUCGGUUGUGAUAAUAGAAAAGCAAUCGCCAGAAGUUCGUCGUCCUCCAUUUUCUUUUGCGACGCGUUACACCGAAGUAUGAAACUCAAAUGAGAUCAAAAUCGGAUGUACAUAUUUUGUCGGUAGUGUGCGGUACAGCGUCAGAUAGUCGGAUACGACAAUCGUUUCCGACAAUCGGAUCAAAAAGUAGCAAAUGUGCGGCCG